CCGGUGUUUUCAGGGUGAACUUCUGUCCGGUGAUGGAGUGGGAGGAGCUCUGUGUAUCGGCCAAUCGUGGCCCGGCAUGGCUCGCAGUAUCUAUGGAGACCACCAGAGGUUCAUCGAUGCGUAUUUCAAACUGUACCCAGGGUUUUAUUUCACCGGGGACGGAGCGUACCGCUCAGAGGACGGUUACUACCAGAUCACCGGGCGGAUGGAUGAUGUCAUCAACGUCAGCGGCCACCGACUCGGGACGGCGGAGAUCGAGGACGCUCUGGAUGAACAUCCAGCUGUUCCAGAAACAGCUGUGAUUGGAUUCCCUCAUGAGAUCAAAGGAGAAGCACCGUUUGCCUUCGUGGUCUUGAAGGAGGACUUUGUAGACGACCCCCCCGUCGUUCUCCAGCAGCUCAGAGAACUUGUCUCCACAAAGAUCGCCAGAUACGCCGUCCCGGAGCACUUCCUGGUGGUGAAGCGGUUGCCAAAGACUCGCUCCGGGAAGAUCAUGAGGCGGAUCCUCAGGAAGGUUGCCAUGGAGACCACAGGUAACCUCGGCGACGUGUCCACCCUGGACGACCCGACCGUCGUCCAGGAGAUCAUCGAGGCCCACGAGCUGUACAGGAAGCAGAGCGGAGGAGAGAAGAAGAAGAAGAAGAAGGAGGAGGACUUCCUGUCGCCGUCUCUUUAAAGGGGGCGGGGCCGAGUCCUUCAGGUACAGACGACGUCAUCGUUCCUCAGGAGACCAGAGGACAGAACAUGUAGACAGGGCCUUAAAGGGACAGGACACAGCUAGCCUAGCUUAGCAUAAAUACUGGAGGAGAAGAAGAAGACUUCACUAAAUGUGGCGCUGUUCCUUUAAGGGCACAUCUCACAUGAUCUGUAUGUGUGUGUGUGUGUGUGUGUUUUAGUAUUAAAUCCUUGAAGAACAAGUUUUAAAAAAAAUUC